AUGCUGAUAGUUAUAGGUAUCUCUCGAUUCGGUGUGCCUUUAAUGCUGAAUUCAUUUCCAGUGUAUCUUCCGGGGCUUCUUUCUAGUCUCGAUAUUGCGGCAGACUUAGUGCCAUACUACGUUGGAAUAUGUUCCUCUAUUUGGUCGAUCACUACCUGCAUAACUUCACCAUUUUGGGGCAGAUGCUCCGACUCAUAUGGGCGAAAGCCGGCUAUUCUACUGUCGAACAUUCUGUUUCUUUUCAGUGUGCUGCUGUUUGGGUUUGCGGGGAAGUUAUGGCUGAUUCUGGCGGUAAUGGGGUUUCUGGGGUUCGCUGGUGGAAUGACUCCUGUCCUCCACACUACAGUUGCUGAGCUCGUUACACAGAAGGAACUGCAGCCUAUGGCGUUCAGCCUCAUACCACUCAUGUGGACAAUAGCCAGUAUGGUUGGUCCACUGGUUGGAGGUUUCUUGGCAGAUCCCACCGCCAGAUACCCUUCGAUAUUUGGGGAGAAUCAAUUCUUCAUGAAGUUUCCGUACAGCUUACUAAAUAUCGUCGUCGCAAUACCAUUCUUUAUCGGAUGUGUCGUGGGCUUUUUGUUCCUCAAGGUAUGUUAUUUGAAUCGAAUGAAGCUUGUCGGGGAAGCGACUGACAUCUGCACAGGAAACUUUGGAAGGAAAGCAAGUUCUGUCCAACAAUCACUGCCGAACCUUUUCCUUUUGGAAAUAUUCACACAGCAAUCCGUUCUAUCGCUGAUAUACAUCUGUUUCCUCCAAACUCACAGCAAGCUAUUUGACGAAUUCCUUCCGACGUACAUGCAGGCCGUACCGUCCCCAACUGAGCCAACUCCGCCAACGUAUCAGAGCUCAGCUUUAGUAGACUUCACUAUAUUCCCGGGUGGUUUAUCAUUCACAUCGCAUACGGCAGCACUAUACCUCACCGCUUAUGGUCUUUCAGCUAUCCUGAUUCAACUCCUAAUCUUCCCUCGCUUAGCCCCUUCUCUCGGCCCAAUUCGCUGCCUUCGGAUCGCAUCGAGCGUUUACCCAUUCGUCUACUUUUUGACUCCUUAUCUAUCGGUUCUGUCGGAAACGCCUGUUCUGCGAGGUAUCUGUACCGUAGUGCUUCUUGCGAUGAAAGCGGGAUGUGGUAUCUUUGCUUUCCCUUCCUCAAGGAUCUUGCUUUGCAACUCGGCGACCAAAGGAGGAUUGGGGACUCUUAAUGGCAUAAGCUCAAGUAGCCAGCAAUUGAUGCGAGCCAUUGUUGCUGUUGGUGUUGGAAAACUAUUCAGCUUAGGGUUGCAGAACGGCAUCAUUGUGUUGCCGUGGUGGACAUUGAGUUUUGUAAGCAUGGGAGGACUGGGAACUGUAGUAUGGCUGAGAGAUGAGCGCGAAGGAGGAGGUAGCAUAGGGAGUGAAGAGAGAACAUCGGGAUCAUAG